AUGAGGCAAUCAAUGCGCCUUCCUUUGCGGGAGGCAAAAUACGUCUGCUCCAACUGCAGAGUUGGAGCCAACCCACGCAUCUCGCCGCUCAACCAGCAAUUCCUCCGCAAUGCCUCCGACUCCCCCGGAUUUCUUGAACGCACCCGGCGCCAGAUUUGGGGCACAGACAAGCCCCCAGGUCCCCAAGACCCGUAUUCUGGAAGCCAGAUUAUGCCACAGGAGGAUUCCGCUGCUGAACUUACCACGCUUUCUCCCGGCAAAAGAGAAGAGGAGCCACAAAUCGCCGAGGAAGUAGACAUCGAGAGCAUGGACUGGAAGAGCAUGCCUAGAGUCGGUUACACCUUGGAUGAAGAAUGGCGUGUCAAUGGCCAGACCGUUGCCGACAAAGUUAGCCCUUGGUAUAAGACAAAAUCCCCAGUACCGUUUGAAAAGGCUGUUCAGCAUGCUGUCAUUGAGUUCAGUGUCAUGAACUUGAUCGGUAUGAAGUACGCCACGAGCUAUCACAAAUAUCCCACCCGCCAUGGCAAGGAUCUUAGCAGACACUGCAGCAUUGAGGGCGAGUCUGCCGAAUGGGGUGAUCGCGUUCGAUUCUCCAAGGAAUUAGUGCGAGAAGACCUCAUCAACUAUUUUGGGCGAUUGGCCAAGCGAAAUGUCGAAGAACCGAGCGCUUAUAUUCAAGCGCAGGAUGGGGGCAAAAUAAGAGAUGAUCAGAUUUCGGAACGUCCGCAGAACGGAAAGAAGAUUGAGAACACCAUGUCAUCUCUGCCUCUUAAUGACCCAAAGCUCAAGUUUGCCUUCCUCAAUCGCCUUUCUCAACUCACCGGCCAGCGUAUCCCCGACGCGAUCUACUCUUCUGGCAAUACUACGACUGUCGGCAGUGUUAUUUCCGCCUACAACGAAUUGACAAAGCAGUCUAUCAAGAUGACCCCCGUGCGCCUCCACGAGCAGCUUGCCGCGGCGGGCACCGAAAGCCUGAGCAAUGUCAAGAUCUACGAUUCGCGCCGGACCCGCCAUGACAAUGAUGAAGAUGUUGGUCGUAAGAAGCUCAUUAUCGCUUCGCUUUACGAGGAUGGCCUGAUCACCCACCCCCUUGGAAAGAGGCGGGAGUGGAUCAGGAUGCAAAAGAAGCAGGAGAUAAAGGCUCUCAAGGCAGCAGCAGCAGCAGAGGCGGUCGCAGAAGAAGCGGCACAGGAGAUAGAGAUUGCGAAGGCGGCCGCAGAAGAGGCGCCACAGGAGGCGAAGUUGCAGAUGAACUGA